AAGUAGGCAGACGGGAAAAUAAUCAAAAAACUAAAUGCAAUCGGCGAAGGCGAGGCGAUUCCAAGACAAGCUUCACAAACCAUGAAGAUUUAAUUGGCUCUAGGCUCUAGAAAAAAUCAUCCUCAGUAAUUAUUUGUAGAUAAAUUUAUUACACAAUCUUGAAACUUAACUAUACUAUAAUACAAUGGCUGGUCAGACCUCUAAAACACUGAAGCUCUACAAAACCUUACUUAAAGAAGCUUCCAAAUUUCCCCUUUAUAAUUUUAGGAUGUACGCUCUGCGGAGGAUUCAUGACAAAUUCAAAGAAAAUAAAUGCCUGACAGAUACAACUGCUAUUGAGCAAGAGUUUAAUGAAGGCUUGAAGGCGCUGGAAGUCAUAAAAAGACAGGUGACUGUGAGUCAACUCUAUGAACCAGAAAAAUUAAUCAUCGAGAAAUCCAAUAAAAACAAACACUGAACUUAGUUGUGUCGAAGCAAUCUCCAUAAUGUUUAUUAGGUCAUCAUCAUCAUCUAAUACUCUUGUAUAUUUUAUUAAUUUCCUAUGUUUUGUUUUAUAAUUGUUAAAAUGAUUUUGUAGGCCUAAAUUAUAAAGACUGAAUGACUUUUCAUUGUCUUAUGUUACGUUUUAACAGGGUUUAAUUUUGCAUCCAGUUAUAAUUUUACUCAGAUUAGGUGUAUAGAGAACGUUUUGUAUAUAUGAGCAUUGUAAAUACAUUCAUUGUAAAUAGACAGAGUAGCAACACUUUUAAGUGGCUUUAUCGAAAAUUAAAACAUUGACACUUAA